UCUACUUUUAUUCUAUUAGAGUACCCUGGCAGUUCCUCUGGUAAAAUGGACAAGUUUUUGACCUCAUCCCAAAAAGAUCAUGAUACCUCUCCAACAUCAUCAAAUGAACCAUCUUGUUCAAAAUCUGAACCGGAGCCUAAGCGCAAAAAGUGUAUUUCCGCAGUGUGGACACAUUUUGACAAAUUGCAAACCAAACAACUUGCAAAAUGUCAUUAUUGUGGCAAAGAAUAUAAGACAAGCGGAAACACGUCCAACUUGUUAGAGCACUUAAAACGGGCCCACCCUCUUGCCCAGCAAGUUAAUAACGAAACUACGUCUUCUCAGUUAGAGCGAUAUUUUACACGGACAGACGUUUACGGUCCAACAUCUUCCAAAAAGGAAGCAAUUGACAAAGCCAUUGCUGCAAUGGUCGCAACGGAUUUGCAACCAUUUAGAGUUGUCGAAGAUAUUGGACUUAGAAACUUGAUGAGGGUGGUGGACCCUAGAUACGUCAUGCCCUGUUGA